AAGGGAAGGUACGGAGAGUAGUAAUUUGGGACUUGAAUAAAGUUCUAGUUCUAGGGUUUUCUAUGUAAAUUGUUGCGAGAUAUAUAUACAUCUGUUUUGUUUGUACCCGUAAAUUCCCAUUCGAUCAGUAUCAGAACCAGCCCGCUAUCUUCAAUCGAACAGGAACCCAUAGAGUAAAGGUAAGAACGUAAUGUCACAAGAGAGGCAGAGAGAUUAGUGCAGAAGAAUGCCGACGAAUGGAACCAGUAGGUUUGUCAGGUAAGAGAGGAGACAUUUCUUGUGCGAAGCUUCUGCAUUGCAUAAAUGAUGGCACACAUAACUAAGAAGGGAACUGGGAAGACUGCUGAAGGCUCCUCAGAAACUCCGAAAGCAUUGAAGCCCAAACAUAAAAUAUCCAAGAGUGCUCAGAAUGAUGGUAUUGUAGAUAUCAAUAAAUUGAAAGGGGCCCUUCAGCUUCAAGAGGAAAAAAACAAGAAGAAAAAAAAUAACUUGGAGAGCAAAAACGCAAGUAGCAAUACAGAAAAGGAGGAUGCUAGGACCUUAAAAGUAAGGGGAAUGAAGCAAAAGAAUGCUGUAAAUGGGGAGCGCAGUGAAAAGAGAAAAGAUUCUAUCAGGAUCAGAGAAAAGCAUGCUCUGUUGCAAAAGAAGCAACAUAAUGAAAAGAACAAAGAAAAGUUCAGUCGGUCAAAGAAGAAUGAAGAGAGUCAAUUUCGCAAAGAAAGACAUGGUCAUAUUGAAAACAGGAAAGAGAAGCUGGGUGGUUUGAUCUUCAUGUGCAAUGAAAGGACAAAACCAGAUUGUUUCCGUUACCGUGUCAUGGGUGUGCAAAUGGGCAAGAAAGAAGUGGUGUUGGGUGUCAAACCAGGCCUCAAGCUCUUUCUCUAUGACCUUGAUCUCAGGGUUAUGUAUGGGAUCUACAAGGCAUCGUCUUCUGGUGGCAUCAAACUUGAGUCAGCAGCUUUUGAAGGAGAUUAUCCUGUUCAGGUGCGCUUCAGCGUUGACCAAGAUUGUUAUCCCCUCCCUGAAAGUGUCUUCAAAAGGGCAAUCAAGGAAAACUAUACUGGAACACACAGGUUUAAACUGGAACUUAGUGUUCAACAGGUUAAGAAGCUUACAGAACUUUUCAGGCCUGCUGAAUUGCCUUCACAUGCACCAUCUAUCAUCCACCCUCCACCAGUGAUGGUAACAAUUCAGGAUAGAGAAGUUAAGAGAGGAGCGAGAGAGUCCUGGGCCCCUUUGCACAUGGAAUCUUUGGUAAGAGAUCCUCCUACCUAUGGUGAAGGUAGGAGGUACCAUUUGCCGUCUAAUGAAUAUGAUCAUCAGCAUUUAACAUACAAAGAAGUUCCUCCGACAGGGAGAGAUGUUGUUUCUCUAGAUUAUUAUCCAAGUGAGAAGGAAUAUCGUGCUUUUGGUCUUCUUCGCACAGAAAGACAAAACUUCAGUCCAUACAAAAGUGGACCUGCUUUGGACCCCUACUCUAGGGGCUAUGUUAGAGAGCAACCUCCACCAACCGUAACAAUUCAGGAUAGGGAAAUUAAUGAGGGAGUGAGAGAAUCCCGGGCCCAACUACACAGUGAACGUUUAGCUGUUGAUCCUCGUAGUUACGUUGAAACUCGGGGGUACCCUGUGCUCUCUAAUGUCAGUAAUCAGCAUUUAACAUACAAAGAGGUUCCUCCAAUAGAGAGGGAGAAUUUUUCUCAUGGUACUUAUCCUAGUGAAAAGGAAUAUCGAACUUAUGGUCUUCGAAGAGAAAUACAAAAUGUCAGUCCACCUAGAAGUCAUAUUACGCCUACAUUGGAACCUUACUCGAGGGAUCACGUAAGAGAGCACCUUGUGAUGCACCCCAGUCAUGAUCCACAUGUAGUGACUGAAAAAGCAUUUGAAACCUACAGUCUUAUUCCUGGACGGGAACCGCAGUCUUCAACACCCCUUGUGACCCCGACUAUAGCAUCUACUUUGGAUUCUUACUCUAAGGAUCCAUAUUAUGCUUACAGCAAGGGUGGUUCGGCUAUGGACCUGUAUCAGCUGCCUUUAAGGAGAGAGGAAGUCCCUUCAGGAUCUUAUUCUCUCAGUGGAAGGGGAGAGACACACCAUUCUGUUACUGAUCAUUUGCAAGCUAGAGACAGUUAUCUGACUCAGAGUGACCAAUCACGGAUGGGAGAAUCUUACGUUACUGAGAGCAAUCACUUGGGAAGGAUGGAAGUCAAAGACGUGCGGAUGUUACACCCGACGUAUGCUUCCAGUGCUCUAUCCUACUAUGACCGUGAAGUUAAAGAUGUGCGGAGGUUACACCCGACCUAUGCUUCCAGUGCUCUAUCCUACUAUGACCGUGUUCAAAAAUAUCCAGAGGCUAGGGCUGAAACCUCGCACGCACCACUUUCAUCUCUGUACAGUUUGGCAGGUCCAUCGUUGUCCAAUCGCUGACUUUAGUAUCAUUUAUUCCUUUGUGUUUUUUUUCGGUUUUAAUAUUAUAGACAAGACUGCUUUCAGACACUUGUAUGGGCUUUGUAAAAGCAAAUUCAAUUCAGUGAGAACACUAUUUUUGUUUGA